UUAUGUUUACAUUGGCUACUUGGCUCGGCUCGCGUUAAGUUAUUCGCAUGGUGGGUCGUAAAUUUUCACUAAGCUGUUUUAUUAGUAAUGUGAAUGGUGUUGUUUCAAUUUUUGGCUAGCAAAAACUAAAAUGGGUUCCUCUGGAGAACGGGUACAAAUCCGGCUAGGAACCCCAAAUACAAGUUCUAAGCAGAUUGGAUUACCAAUAAAAAACCUUGAGGAUAAAUGGAAGCUGGUCCCUGCUUUUCUGAGUAUAAAAGGAUUGGUAAAACAGCAUAUCGAUUCAUUCAAUUACUUCAUUAAUACAGAAAUCAAGAACAUUGUAAAAGCAAAUGAGAAAGUGCUCAGUGAUGCAGACCCUCUCUUCUAUGUCAAGUACUUAAAUAUAUAUGUUGGCACACCUGAUGUAGAAGAAGGGUUCAACAUCACCCGGAAAACAUCCCCUCAUGAGUGUCGUCUGCGUGAUCUGACGUACUCAGCGCCUAUCACUGUGGACAUAGAGUAUACACGAGGCAGUACUAGGGUAGCCAGGAGUAACCUUCUUAUUGGCAGGAUGCCCAUAAUGCUACGAAGUUCAAAUUGCGCGUUAUACAAGAAAUCAGAGUACGAAUUGUCAAAGCUGAAUGAAUGUCCUCACGAUCCUGGUGGUUACUUCAUAGUUCGAGGAACUGAAAAGGUGAUUCUGAUCCAAGAGCAGUUGUCUCGGAACAGAAUGAUUGUAGAGGAAGAUCGUAAGGGAGGGAUCCAAUGUCAGGUGACCAGUAGCACUCACGAUAAAAAGUCACGAACUAACAUCAUCAUGAAGCGAGGCAAAUACUACUUGAAGCAUAACCUGCUGCAGGAUGAUAUUCCCAUAGUGGUGGUAUUCAAGGCGAUGGGCUUUCAGUCUGAUCAGCAGAUCGUUCAGAUGGUGGGGACGGAACAGGAGAUCCUUAAGAAAUUGGCUCCUUCCAUAGAAGAAUGUUAUACUGUGGAUGUAUUUACUCAAACUCAAGCACUUAAUUACAUUGGAAGAAAGGCAAAACAGAAGAGGUUUUUUGGUCCGAGUGGAAAACCAAAACCACCAGUAGAUGAAGCAAGAGAUAUGCUAGCCUCAGUCAUCCUGGCUCAUGUUCCGGUGGAGAACUUUAACUUCAAGCUAAAAGCUAUAUACACGGCUCUGAUGCUGCGAAGGGUAAUUCAAGCGCAAGAUGAUGUGGAAGUGGUCGAUGACCGAGACUACUACGGCAACAAACGCCUCGAGCUAGCUGGCUCACUGCUGUCACUCAUGUUUGAAGACUGCUUCAAGAGGUUCAACUCAGAGUUGAAAGCAAUCGCAGACAAGAACAUUCCCAAGAUCAAGGCAGCACAGUUUGAUAUUGUCAAGCAUAUGAGGCAAGAUCUGAUCACUAAUGCACUGGUGUAUGCAAUAUCAACUGGUAACUGGACCAUAAAGAGAUUCAAGAUGGAGAGGCAGGGAGUGACACAGGUGUUGUCUCGUCUGUCCUACAUCUCCGCCCUGGGGAUGAUGACCAGGGUCAACUCUCAGUUUGAAAAGACAAGGAAGGUGUCGGGGCCGAGGUCUCUGCAGCCGUCCCAGUGGGGAAUGUUGUGCCCUUCAGACACCCCUGAGGGUGAGGCAUGUGGACUUGUGAAAAACCUUGCUCUAAUGACACACAUCACGACAGAGCUUGAGGAGGGCCCAAUUGCAAAGGUGUUGUAUAACAUCGGUGUGGAACACAUCAGUCUUCUCAACGGUGAGGAGAUGUAUGCUCCUGGCAUCUACCUAGUCAUUCUCAAUGGAAACAUCCUGGGAGUGACUGGUAACUACCGCAGGGUUGUGAGGGUGUUCCGUCUGUUGCGGAGGUGUGGAAGAGUCAAUGGGUUUGUCUCCAUCUAUCCGCAACACAAGCACAGAUGUAUCUACAUAUCCUGUGAUGGAGGCCGACUGUGUAGGCCGUAUAUUAUAGUGGAGAAAGGAGAAUCCCUAGUCAAGCAGCAUCAUUUAGAUGAGCUAAACCAAGGAGUUAGAAUAUUUCAAGACUUCAUUUUCGAUGGAUUGAUAGAGUACCUAGAUGUGAACGAGGAGAACGACUCGAUGAUUGCUCUGGAUGAAGAGAAUAUAGUACCAGAGCAGACGACACACCUGGAGAUAGCAGCUUUCACGUUGUUGGGAGUAUGUGCUGGACUGGUGCCUUACCCCCACCACAACCAGAGUCCUAGGAACACCUACCAGUGUGCCAUGGGAAAACAGGCUAUGGGUACGAUUGGUUAUAACCAGCGUAACCGAAUCGACACUCUGAUGUACAACCUGGUGUACCCGCAGGCUCCCAUGGUCAAGUCAAAGACAAUAGAACUGAUCAACUUUGACAAGCUGCCAGCGGGACAGAAUGCGACCAUUGCUGUUAUGAGCUACUCGGGAUAUGACAUAGAGGAUGCGCUCAUACUCAACAAGGCAUCUCUUGAUAGAGGUUACGGCAGAUGCCUAGUGUACAGGAAUGCUAAGUGUACACUGAAGCAGUACGCCAACCAGACUUAUGACAGGAUUCUCGGACCCCUAGUUGACGCGGAGACCAAGAAGCCGAUCUACAAGUGUGAGCCGCUAGACGCUGAUGGCAUCGCCUGUCCUGGGGAAAUGGUGCGGGAGAGACAAAUUCUUGUGAACAAGUCUAUGCCUGUUGUCAGCUCAACGACCCCCCAGGGUGCAAUGUCCACUCCACAACCUCCUCCUGAAUACAAGGAGGUGCCGAUUACUUAUAAGGGCUCUGUGCCUAGCUACAUAGAGAAAGUGAUGGUUUCAUCUAACAACGAAGACGCUUUCCUCAUAAAAUUGUUGCUGCGUCAGACUCGACGGCCUGAAAUUGGUGAUAAGUUCAGCAGUCGACACGGUCAGAAAGGCGUCACAGGUCUGAUCGUAGACCAGGAGGACCUCCCAUUCAACGACUACGGGAUUGUACCUGAUAUGAUCAUGAACCCUCAUGGCUUUCCAUCCCGUAUGACAGUAGGUAAACUGAUAGAAUUACUGGCGGGCAAGGCUGGCCUAAUGGAGGGAAAGUUCCACUACGGUACAGCAUUUGGGGGUUCCAAAGUGUCAGAUGUGUGUGAAGAGUUGGCCAGAAAUGGGUUCAACUACCAGGGCAAAGACAUCUUCUACUCCGGCAUCACUGGGGAGCCACUGCAGGCUUACAUCUACUCCGGACCGGUGUACUACCAGAAGCUGAAGCACAUGGUACAAGACAAGAUGCACGCCAGGUCUCGAGGCCCGAGAGCUGUGUUGACUAGACAACCUACAGAGGGUCGUAGUAGAGAGGGUGGACUGAGGCUCGGCGAGAUGGAACGUGACUGUCUCAUCAGCUACGGUGCCAGUAUGCUGCUAAUUGAAAGACUGAUGAUAUCUAGUGAUGCUUUUGAUGUUGAUGUGUGCAACCAGUGUGGACGACUUGGCUACUCAGGCUGGUGUCAUGGUUGUCACAGUAGUGCAUCAGUGUCAACCAUCCGCAUCCCCUAUGCAUGCAAACUGUUGUUCCAAGAACUGCAGUCCAUGAACAUCGUGCCGAGACUUACCUUGAAGAAUUACUGUGAUUAAACCACUGUUGUAUAGUGGAUUAAAUACAUUUUUUUACUGUUAA